UAGAGGUUCCACCAGCUGAGGACAAUGUACAGCAGAGCCUCAGAUGACUCAUAAAGGAUACAUAGCAUGAAUAAAAAUAAACCUUCAUAGCCUUAAGGGAUUUGGAGGUUGUUUGUUACUGCAACAUCACUAUAGCCUAUCCCUAUCCGGUUUAUACCAAAGCUCACAAAAUGCUAAAGCUUAAAGAAGAAUUGAGAGCUGCCCAGGGACUGAAAGGUGAGGUGGGGGAGAGAGACAGAGAAGUGGGCAGCCUGAACAGUAAGCUCCUGAGCCUACAACUUGACAUCAGGAAUCUGCAUGAUGUCUGUAAGAGGCAAGGGAAGACUUUGCAGGAUAAUCAGCUCUGUGUGGAGGAAGCCAUGAUGAACAGCAGCCACAACAAGAAGCAGGCACAGACAUUAGCAUUUGAGGAGUCCCAGAUAGACUUCGGGUCUACUAAAGAGUGUCAUCUGAGACAACUUCAGCAACUGAAGAAAAAACUGCUGUCCCUUCAGCAAGAACUGGAGUUUCGCACAGACGAGCUGCAGACUUCCUACUGUUCUCUCCUGCAGUAUCAGUCCAUCCUGGAAAAGCAGACAUCCGAGCUGGUUCUUCUUCACCACCACUGCAAGCUGAAAGAAGAUGAGGUGAUUCUCUAUGAAGAGGAGAUGGGAAAUCAUAAUGAGAACACAGGAGAGAAGCUCCAUCUGGCACAAGAGCAGCUUGCCCUGGCUGGGGACAAGAUUGUCUCCCUAGAAAGAAGCUUAAACCUCUACAGGGAUAAAUAUCAGACUUCCCUGAGCAACAUCGAGUUACUAGAGUGCCAAGUGAAGAUACUAGAGGGGGAGCUCAGCGGGCUCAUCAGUCAGGAACCAGAGAACAAGGGUGAUCACCCAAAGGUGCGUAUAUACACUUCCUCCUGCAUGAUUCAAGAGCAUCAGGAGACCCUGAAACGACUGUCUGAAGUCUGGCAAAAGGUCUCUGAACAGGAUGAUCUAAUCCAGGAGCUUCGAAAUAAACUAGCCUGCAGUAAUGCUUUGGUUCUGGAGCGUGAAGAGGCUUUGAUAAAAUUACAAGCAGAUUUUGCUUCUUAUACCGCCACUCACAGACACCCUCCUAGCUCCUCAGAAGACUGUGAAGACAUAAAAAGGAUCCUGAAGCACCUGCAGGAACAGAAGGACAGCCAGUGCCUGCACGUGGAAGAGUACCAGAACCUCGUGAAGGACCUGCGCACGGAACUGGAAACCGUGUCAGAGCAGAAGAAAAACAUCAUGAAGGACAUGAUGAAGAUGGAGCUGGAAUUGCACGGGCUGCGGGAGGAGACUUCCGCGCACAUCGAGAGGAAGGAUAAGGAAGCUGCCAUCCUGCAGCACCGGCUGCAGGAGCUGCAGGUGCAGUUCACAGAGACCCAGACGCUCGCUUUGAAGAAAGACAAGUUCCUGCAAGAGAAGGAUGAAAUGCUGCAUGAGCUGGAGAAGAAGCUGAGCCAGGUGCAGUGCUGCCUCAGGAAGAAGGAGCUGGAUUUGGAGAAGCAGCAGUGUUUGGUAAAGGAGCUCCAAGAGAAGGAGGCCAGGCUGGAAGAGAGCAAGCUGGAGCUCGAGGCCCUGAAAGCGGAGGUCCAGAAGCUGACGGACAGCCUGGAAGAGGCCAAGCAGCAGCAGAGGCUGGCGGCUCAGCAAGCCGCACAAUAUAAGGAAAAGGCCGGGCUGGCAGAGUGUAAACUGGAGGACACUGAGAAGAGACUGCAGAGCUGCAUUUUCCAAGACAAGCAGAAAGCAGACACCAUUGAGGAGCAGCAAAGAGAGCUGGAGAGGCUGCAGAAGGAGUUGUUGCUGACAAAAGAAGAGCUACACAGAAGCAGGAAACAGGUGGAAGAGCUAAGCUCAAAAGUCGCUGAGGGCCUAAAGAAGUUGGAAAAUGCAGACAAGGAAAAGAAGCAGCUUCAGAAGGCACUGGCCAACGAGGAAGUGAAAGUGAAUGAACUGCAAGAUCAGACCAGAAGCCUUCAGCACCAGUACAGGGACGUACUAGCUGCCAAAAGCAAGCUAGAAGAUGAGCUUCAGGAGGUCAAGAGGUUACUGGAGGAGAAAAAAUACCAGCUGAAAAAGAGCAAAGAACAGGAGAAGCUGCUGGAGGAGGAACUUGAGACUCUUCGACAGGAAGAAAAAAAGAAGGAGAAGAUGUUCAAAGAGAAUCUGAGAAAGCUAGAAGGGGAAAAGGAGAAUCUCCGCGAAGAGUUGGUGCAUUAUUCUACGCAACUGGAAGCCACUGUCAGCAAAUACAAUGCUAGCCAGCAAGUCAUUCAAGAGCUGAACAUCCAGAUAAGCCAGCAGAAGGAGUCCAUAAUGAGCCUGCAAACCAAGCUAGAACAGUCUGUGCAAAAAGAGAAGCAUUACCUCCAGACCAUGGUCGCUAAAGAACUCUAUGAAGACCUAUGCAGAAAGUCAGCUGCCUGCCAAGAUGACCUGACACAAACCCUGGAGAAGCUCAAUCACGCGACCGCGGAGACAAAGAGCCUGCAGCGAAACCUGCUACAGACCCAAGAGAGGAAAGCUCAGCUGGAAGAUGAAAUUGUUGCUUAUGAGGACAGAAUGAAAAAGCUCAAUGUGGAAUUAAGAAAAUUGCAAGGCUUCCACAAGGAGAGUGAGAUAGAGGUGCACGCCUUUGACAAGAAGCUAGAGGAGAUGAGCAACCAGGUGAUGCAGUGGCAGAAGCAGCACCAGAAUGACCUCAAGAUGCUGGCAGCGAAAGAGACUCAGCUCAGGGAGUUCCAGGAGGAAAUGGCCACCCUGAAAGAGAACCUCCUGGCGGAUGAGAAGGAGCCCUGCUGCCUGUCCCGACGGCCCAGCCCCAAGGACCCCUGUAGAAUCCACCGAGACAAUGAUCAGAUUAUGUGCAACAUGGAGCAGUGGGCAAAAGAGCAAAAGAUUGCCAAUGAGAAGCUGGGAAAUAAGCUCCGUGAACAGGUCAAAUACAUCGCCAAGCUGACUGGUGAAAAGGACCACCUCCACAACGUGAUGGUCCAUCUGCAGCAGGAAAACAAGAAGCUAAAGAGUGAGAUAGAAGAAAAGAAAAUGAAAGCAGGGGGCACAAGGCUAUGCAGAGCCCUAGGCCCGAGCAAAGUGGAGCCUACACAAAGGGGUAAAGUGUAUGCUGCGUUGGGCUGGAGGGACCCAUCCCAGGACACAGGCCAGAGGAUGGACAUCACCAAGUAUGCUGGAAUGCCCCAGUGCUCAGGUUCCUCCUAUUGCUAGAAUCAGCAUCCUUCCCUGAGCAUCAUUUCUGUGCAAGUUUUCAGAGGACAGUGAGUUCCCGUCAUUCUUGACUUGGAUCAGCUCUUCCAGGAAUAUACCAAGGUCCCAGCUGAUUUUGCAAGAUGCUAACAUUUUCCUAAGUUUGGUCCACUUCAAGCAGAGGAAAGCCUUGAAACUCCCCGCCACCCUAGCCCAAACUCUACAAUAAAGACAGGAGCACAGCAA